AUGCAGUCGAACGAAGACUGGAAUGAACGUACGGUAAAGGUCUUCAUGGCGCAUUUUUGCUUGAGAGGAGCGAGAUACUUCUCGAGCAGCCAAGAGCGCGUCGAUAUUAAGCCGCAAUUGCUAUUGGAAUCCUCUAAUUUCCUGCGCUCGAUCGAACUACAGAUCCUCAAUUUCCAGCAGCUCCGUAUUGUUCUUGGAGAUCAACUCGUGACAAAAUCCAUCGGCUACGUCUUGUAUAGAUUGUGGGAACUCGCCCGAUCUGGCGAGGUUCAACAUUUAAAUGUGUCAACUCUGACAGAGAACUCGGAAAGAUUCUUGGAGAUGCUGCAGUCCCCAUCAGCUGGUAUCGAUCUACAGUCAGACGAUGCAAUAAUAUCGUUUACAGGUGUCAGUCUCGCUCUCACGGAUCACUUCACAUUCAGUAACCUAACUAAGGCAAUUCAAUGCGCUGAGUCCUGCCACAAAGUCAUGCUCGCGGGUCCCAAGCCUUGGAAGGAUCGGGAGGCGAACGUAUUACAAGCGUUGUCAUUGACACUCAAGGCGUCUGGUUAUCUUCCACAACCCAACACUCUCACUAACGAGCGUGCUGAGAAAGCAUGCCAAUAUGCCUCCGAGGCUCUAGGAGUCCUUUCGGCAUUGGAGACCCACCCAGUAAAGUUGGGUGACGUGAGAGACCACUCCUAUCUAACUGCGACCAUCAUUUUGAAACACAUGGCCCCUCUUUCGACAAGCUUUUGCAAUGGCUGCGAUAAAUAUGAUGAGAAUUAUGAUGCAGCUUUGAAAAAAUACGAGCCAUCACUCGGCAAAGAUAGCACAGGAUUCGGCGCUCCAAUAGCUUUGGCAAAGCAGUUGGCGCGACGGGAUUGGUGGUUCCAACAACUCGGGGUUCGCAAAAAGGUCACCUACGGAGCCUGGAGAGUUGAUAAAAGGGAUGCAGAUAGGAUUUCAAAAAAAGGCGAUAACGACAUGGAGAAGGAGAGACUAUUAUCAAACUUGCGCAUGGCUAUGUCUACAGGUGACAAGGUUGCCGAAUUCCACCUUCAAGACUCUUUGAUCCGACACUAUGAGGGAAAGAAAGAUUGGAAAACUGCAGCUGAACAUAUUAUAGAGCUGCACAGGCUAGCCGCCAAGGCCGCCGCUACUGAUAGAGACCAGCACCAUCAUCCCAUCGACCUCCCUAGUUUCAACAACUUCGAUAACAGAUUGCGCCAUGGAUGCAUACUCGUCGAAGCCGAGAACUUUGACGAGGCUCAGAGACUAUACGACACGCUUAUUAAUGACGUUAUGGAUACGUGCAGCAACAAGGUGGAGGCAAAAGAAAAGACUGAUUUUAUUCCUGGAAAGACGUGGGCAUGGUUGAUGAAAGAAGGCUCGAGCUGGGAUACUAUCAUGCAGGAGAACUUGUCUCUCACCAUAGGAAGUAAGCUCAGGGAACGAUGGCCUCAAAUGUAGAAGGACAAAUAUUUAUUUACUACCCUUCUCUACAAUGGCUAGCAGACCGUGAUAUACGGCCUGAAAGGAAAGAUAAAAGUUAGAAUAUUUUUCCUUGGCUAUAGAAUGUAAAUUCAUCGG